CCUCUCUUCUAAAGACCCUCUCUAAAACCCUUUGCGUCACUCUCUAGAGAAGAUCUCAGGUGCUUCAAUGGCGCUUAUUGAUUAUUAUUAAUCACUGAAUCUUCCAAAUUUGAUUUCGCAAGCUGAAUCUCUGAAGCCAUGGCGAUUCUGCUCAAAACAAUUCUCAAAAAUCAAACUUUGUUUAAGACUCUCUUGAAACCUCAGUUUGUCUCGCCUUUGAUUGUUUCCAGAAACUUUACAUCGGAAGAAGCUCAUAAGAAGCCACUCUCUGUUUUCUUCGAAGAGGCUGUUGGAUUAAGACCCAAAUCAGAAACGAGCGAAAUCGAAGAAGAAGAGGGCAACGAAUUGAAGAGAAAGCUUUUGGAAUUGGAGAGGAAACUCAUUGAACUGAAGAAAUCGGAACCUGUGAGAAAGAAGAAGCACAAGGGGAAGGUUUUGAUAUCAGAGAAAACAGAGCAAAACGAGAAAAGGAAUAAUCUUUACAAGUUGUUUAAAGGAGAUGAAGAGAAGGAGAUGAAGAAACAUAGUAGGGAAAAGGAGGACGUGAUUAGGGUUUAUAAGGAGCUUCCUAUAGAGAUGGUUUCGUUUGUGAGGCUUCUGCAUAAAGAAGGGUAUUUGAACAAGGCUAAUUUCAUUACUGGAGAAAAGUUGGAUAUGGGGAAUCUUGAUGAAGAGUAUGCUAGAACUUUUGUUAAGUUUGCUGCCGAAAGAUUUGGAAAGGAUUACCAGGAAAUAGCAAAGUGGUUAUCAGGUAGCGACCUGAAGAAGAUUGUGCUCUUUGGUUGCCCGAGUUUGGAAAAAAGGGCGGUAUUCGCUGCUAAAACAUUGCGCAACUUUUUCGAUAUCCAUGAGAAUAAUGUGUGUGAGAAAUGCGUGUUAAAAGAGAAGUGCAAGUUUCCAAACCAGAGUGUAUGGGAUGGCAAAACAAAGCACUUGCACUUGUCUGUUGUGAUGAAAGUCAUCACACUAUAUCCAUUAGACUUGGCACAUCCGAAGCUACAAGUUCCUCAAGAGGUACAAGACUCAGUCUCAAGAUUGCUGAUGGAGAUUCAGAACCUAAGCCGAACUAUCUGUACUCCUCUCGCCUGAGUUAAAACCCUAACAAAGAUUUAUUUGUUGUAGACAUCAAUUUAAUGUUCUUACAAAAUGGAAGUUGAACCAAAAAAACAAACUCUUAUGAAAAUGAACCCUUCACUUCCAUUUUUUACUUGCAACAAUUGCAACUGAUAAGGGUACACAUCCGAAUACUUGGUGUUUUGACC